GGCCUCUCCAGGCAGGAACUGGAGUCAGAGGCUUCUCCUGCUGCCUGCAGUGAGGGAACAUUAGGAAUGCCUUUCUGUGGCUGGUUUCCUGAGCUAUCUGACGGUAGACGGGCGGCCUGGAGCAAUCUGACCGCAUCUUAUCCACAGCCCUGCAGGAAUCGGGAUGCUAGCCAAAUACAACAGCACAAGGGACAUGUUGGAUGACGACGACACCACCAUAAGCCUGUAUUCUCGAGCCUCCCGGCAGCCAGAGCCCAGACACUCAGAGAAUGGGACACCAUCUUCAGUUUGGCGCCCGGUGGCCUUGACACUACUGACCUUGUGCUUGGUGCUGCUCAUCGGCCUGGCAGCUCUGGGUCUUGUAUUUUUUCAGUUCUACCAGCUCUCCAAUAUUCAGCAAGAUAACAUCUCUGAAAAGGAUGAAAAGCUGGGGAACUUCUCCAGGCAGCUGCAGUUGCUCCAGAUCCAGAACAGGAAGAUUGCAGAAACUCUGCAGCAUGUGGCUGUAAAACUGUGUCGGGAGAUGUACAACAAAAGCGGAGGACACAGAUGCAGCCCUUGCCCAGAAAAUUGGAAGUGGCACGGGGACAAGUGCUACCAGUUCUAUAAAGAAAGUAAAAACUGGCAGAGCUGUGAAUACUUCUGCCUCGCAGAGAACGCCACCAUGCUGAAGAUAAGCUCACAGGAAGAGCUGGAUUUUGCCAUGCCUCAAAGCUACUCUGAGUUUUUCUACUCUUAUUGGACAGGGCUCUCACGCAAUGGCAGCGGCAAGGCCUGGCUGUGGAUGGAUGGGACACCUUACUCCUUUGAAUUGUUUGAGAUUAUAAUAGAUCCCACCAACAUAAGAAACAGGGACUGUAUGACUAUCUUCAAUGGGAAAGCUUACUCGAAGGACUGCAAAGAGCUGAGGAGGUGUGCCUGUGAGAGGAUGGCUGGAAGAGUGGUACCUGAGCAGCUCUACUAGGUGCCCUGAAGCAUCAGCCAGUCAUGAAACUUCCACUAUCAGAGUCAAGAGAGGCCAGUGCAAGGGACAACCAAAGCCGUGGGAAACAGAGCAACUAAGGGAGGCAGUCGUUGGGACUACUGCUGGAGAAGGCCUCCUGUUUUCCUUCCCAGGAUCAUCCAUUUCUAAGCUUCGGUUUGUGCACGUAGUUUCCAGUCACAAGAAGUCUUAUUCAUGGACCAUCAACCUGCUCCAGAAAGCCAUGAAGCUGCCUUUGACUUACAGAUAACUUUCCAGCUUUCUUCUAUCUCAUCAUCUGUUACCAUCCUCUGCUUCCACAUACAUGGAAAGUGAGACACUUACAGAAAUAGAGGGAUGAACAGGAAGCAGCUGGCAGGGUGUGGUGAUGUAUACCUACAACCUCAGCACUCAGGAGGUAGAGGCAAAAGGAUCAAGAGUUCCAGGCCUGCUUCAGCUACAUGGCAAGUUGGAGGCCAACCUGUGCUGUACGAAAGCAAGAGAAGAGGAGGAGGACAGGACAAAAAGGAUGUGACAUCCUUGUCCCAACAGUCAGAAAGUCCACGAGAAACCAGCAGACAUUCUCAAGCCUUGACUGCUGUGUACAUGACUAAUUCUUUUUAUUUGUUUCCAGUUAACACUUUUCCUUUCCCAAGCUCUCAAUGACUUCAUAUACUAAGCCCGGGCCAGCUUCCCAACCACGAUUAAUUAUCAUUGCUCUUAAUUUUUAUACCUCACAAUCCCCAUUCCAGCAAUUGUGUCUUUUCCCUAAUCAUUUCUCCCAGGAAAGAGAAAUUCUCACCUCUGAUCUAAGUCAGAGUUACUGACCCUGUAGUCCAUUCAGGGAGACUGAAGCACAGAAAAAAAAAAAAAAAAAAAAAAAAAGUCUCUUUACACGCACAAAUGAUAGUUUCAUUUCAGUCUUCCUUGGUCCUAUUUGAUCCAUGUUUAUACCUUUCAGGUACUAAAGAUUUAAUAAUAGUAAGUGUAAAUAAUGUAAAGUAUGUGUGGCUUUAGACUAUUUUGUGAUUUAGGAAAAAAUUCAGCAAAGGAAUGCUUUUUGCAAUGUGUUAACAAUCACUGUUUUGAUUGCUUUGGCCUUGACGAUUAGGAGGGACACUGUGAACAUAUUGCUUAAGGGAUUGCUUAGGAAAAAGUAAGUCUUUGAAAUGCAUAUUGUCCUCAAGGGGAUGGUUUUAACACUUUUCUAUAAUGAAAUGUUUUGAGGCAGUUAUGACAUUAAUGCAUAGUUACAAGGCAUGGUAGACCACAUGGUCACUAAACAGGCUGUAGACCAUGAAAUCUCAAGACUAGACUCAUUUGUUGAGGUGACAGUACAAACAACUGUAACAGAAUCUUCUCAAAGGACACUAUCAUAACUGACUUCACUGGCUUGAGAACAACCAAAUUUGGGACUUCAGCACUGGAAGUUGUCAGCUUUUACAGACAUUAUUUUUCAACAGUGAAAACUUGGAUGCUCUAAAUUAUUUUCAGGAAACAAAAAUUUCAUGGUGAAAUUAUAUUAAAUUAGCAAUUUUAUGAUGGAAAAACAAUUUGUGUUUAUUUUUAUAGGACUUAAUUUGAUAACUGUCAUUUACCUAAACAUUACUGGCAGAUUACUCCUUAAGAAUUCUUCUAAUUUUCUUCUGACUAGCUAGAUAUAUUCAACAAUUCACUUUACUUAAUUAAAAAUGAAGUGGAAAUAUUUAUAAUUUCCCUGUGCUAUUACAGUUGAUUAAAGUGAAAUAAGUGUGAAAUUAGUUUCAAAAUCUAAGUUGUAAUAUAAAUGUAAGGGAAAUUAAGAGAAUAAAAGGAUUUGGCAGUUUGUAUUUAAACAGAAUGGAGCAUGAACACAUAGAAUCUGUAUUCAUUAAGAAAUUAAUCAGGGUAAAUAUUCUCAAAUAUUUUCUAUAAUUAGUGAAAUAAUGAAUGAUAAAUAUUUUCUAUGCUCAAUGAAAGUGAUUAAUAUAUCUGCAAAUAAGAUAUAAAGGUUAAGUCUGUUGUUAAGCAAUUGCUGUUUAAACUUUAUUACUGCAGGCAGAAACUGUUGUUAGCAAGAGAAAGUCAUUCAUGUUGUACAAUUAAUUGUAAAUGGGGCCAUGGCACUUAUUUAGGUUUAGAUUCCUGGCAUCCUAUGGUCAGGGAGGGAUGACAGUGUUUCCAUGGAUUGGAAGUGAGGAACAUUCUCCUUUGAAAUCUGAGACUUCAAAAAAAGUCUCAUUUUAGAUGGAGAAGAAGGAAAAAAUAGCAUUCAUUUGAUUUCUUCUCUUUUCUUCAAAUUAUUCCUCUUCGUCUUUGCCCUUAGCCCCCAUGUCUGUGGACCAAAACUCAUAACAUUCUCAUUAGAGACAAAUAUUUCAAAAUAAUAGAAAAAGUGGCAUGGUACAUUAUCCCCACAAGCAUUUACCAAACUAACCAUGAAAUGAAUUUGGAAAUUGCAAAGAGCAGGUUUAGCCAAGAAUCAGAAGUGGGAUCUGCAUGAAUUGAUUUUUCUAGCCUGUUACCCAUGAAGGUAAUUCUGAAGACGCUGCAGGAACAGUCAAACAAGGGACCCAGCCUUUCCUGGUAAAGUUCCCUCAGGGACACAAUGAGCUAUUUCUUUUCCUGAGGAUAUUGAACCACUCUCAGGACUUAUCAACAGGAAACAGGUCAUGAGCAGUAACAGCAGGAAGUUCGAGAAGGGUGACGGCAGCUUUUACUUGGGAAAUGCAAACAGAUUACGAAUUAAGCACAAGGGUUCAGUGGGUUGUCCAGGGCCAGCCUUCAUGUUUGGGAAUCAAGUGCAGUUUUCUUUUGCUUUGUUUGAGAAUUUCAUAUAUGAAUAGUGUCUUUGCAUUAUUUUUAUCGCUCCUAGUCCCCCAGCAAUUCUUUCCAAGUCCCCCCACUCCCUCUCAAUUUCUUGUCCUCUUAUUAUUAUUGUUACAUAUGCACAUAUACAUUUAUAAAUUACAAAUAUAAUGUACUGAGACCAGUUAGUGGUAUCUGUGUGUAGGGCUGCCCACUUGGGAUUAGAUAACCUCUUAUGGAGCUAAUCCUUAGAGAAAACUAAUGCUCCCUCCCUCCGCAGCCAUUGGUUUCCUGGAGCUCUUCAUCUUGAAAUGGGCCCCCAUGAAACUUCCCCAGCUCACCUUGGCAUGUCAACUGAUUUUGUCAUUAUGCAGAGCUUGUUAGACUACCAUGCUGGGGAGGUUUCCCUGGUGCAGCUUCCCUAUCCUGUCUAGAAUGCAUUAAAUGGUAGCAUUGCUGUUACUACCCUCUGACAUUUACAUUCAAGUGCAGUUUCUGAAAGAAAAAUAGCAUGUUCUCAGACAUAAUAUGAAUAGA